AGCCUAAACAAAAUUUAUUCUUCCACUCUCCCAAACCCCGAACACUCACUCAGGCAAAGGGUUUUAGGCUUCCUCUUUCUCUCUCCCUCGCAAAAACCCUACUAUCAAAAACCUCUUAAACCCUAACAAUGGAGGGCAUCUCCUACCAACGUUUCCCCCAAAUCAAAAUCCGAGAAAUGCGAGAUGAUUUCAUGAAAUUCGAGCUCAAGAAAACCGAUUCCAGCGUCGCCAAUGCACUUCGCCGCGUUAUGAUCGCCGAAGUUCCGACCGUCGCCGUCGAUCUCGUCGAAAUCGAAGUUAACUCCUCCGUUCUCAACGACGAGUUCAUCGCUCACCGUCUCGGCCUCAUCCCUCUUGUCAGCGAGCGUGCGAUGGCCAUGCGCUUCUCCCGCGACUGCGACGCUUGCGACGGUGAUGGGCAGUGCGAGUAUUGCUCGGUGGAGUUCCAUCUUCGGGCUAAGUGUAUUGGUGAUCAAACGCUAGAUGUUACUAGCAAGGAUUUGCUGAGUUCUGAUCAUACUGUUACUCCUGUUGAUUUCUCUGAGGCUCCUGCUUCUGAUGAUGCUACUGAUAAUCGAGGAAUCAUAAUUGUGAAGUUACGUAAAGGUCAAGAGUUGAAGCUUAGAGCAAUAGCUAGAAAAGGCAUUGGAAAAGAUCAUGCCAAAUGGUCUCCUGCUGCUACAGUAACCUUUAUGUAUGAGCCGGAGAUUCUCAUCAAUGAGGAUAUGAUGGAAUCAUUGUCACUUGAACAAAAGAAAGAGUGGGUUGAAAGCAGUCCUACUAAAGUCUUUGACAUUGAUCCUAAUACUCAACAGGUAGUUGUAGUUGAUCCUGAGGCCUAUACCUAUGAUGAUGAGGUGAUUAAGAAAGCCGAAGCUAUGGGAAAGUCCGGGCUUGUAGAGAUUUACCCGAAAGAGGACAGUUUUAUAUUCACAGUUGAGUCUACUGGUGCAGUCAAGGCUCCUCAACUAUUACUCAAUGCAAUUGAUGUCCUAAAACAGAAGCUUGAUGCAGUUCGGCUUCCUGAAGACACCGUGGAUGCUGAUGAUUUUGGUGAAUUAGGUGCCCACAUGCGAGGCGGUUGAUUAGCUUGGUACAGUUUGUCUAAUUUUAUAUCCUCGUGUAUGAUUGAGACAAUCCUCAACUUGUUCAUUACCUACUGGAUAUUAAACUUGUGUAAUGUAAUCCUAAUCUCAAUCCCUAACUCCCAAGAAGUGGUCUGCUAUUUUGUUCUAAAUUAACAAUCACUGGCAUUGACCACUGCUGUAUAGACUCUCCUUCGUAAUGCAUCAUCUGGUUGACCUGUUA